AUGUCCUCUUUGUAUGUGACCAAGGCCGGCACCGCGGAGGGCGAGGCCGGCGCGGGCGCGGGCGGCCCCCUGCAGCGGCUCAGCAGCGUCAUCCGCGGCCGCAAGGCGGUGGCGGACCGAAUCGAGGUGGAGGGCGUGGACGAAGCGCUGCUGCAGCGCGCCGCCGCAGCGAUGGACGGCUUCAGCGCGCGCGAAAUUGCCAAGUUUGCGGCCAGCGUGCAGGCUGCCGUGUAUGGCAGCGAGCGGCCGGUGCUGACGGCGGCGCUGUUCGACAAGGUGCUGCAGUACAAGCUCCACGAGCACGCGGCGCGGCGCGCGUUCGUGCUCGGGCACCACGGCACUGGCGACGCCGCGCCGGCGCCGGCCAAGUGA